AUGCCAAUCAAACAUAUCCAAGAUCAAGACCAAGAGAUACAAACUGACCCCAACUUUAUCCCCGAUUCUCAAAUCAACUAUGAAGACGCUAUCUCCUAUUGGUCCUCAGUUCCAGCAUCAGUAAAUGGAGUUCUUGGUGGAUUUGGUGAACAAACAUCAGUACCUAAAGCCGACAUAAUCGGCUCGUCUACAUUUUUAAGAAAACUUCAAACCAGAAUGACAUGUCCUCCAGAAUAUCCUAAAUUAACGAUUGAUAUGGGUGCUGGAAUAGGUAGGAUUACAAGGGAUUUAUUAUGGAAAGUAAGUGAUAGAGUUGAUUUAUUAGAACCAGUGAAACCAUUCGUACAACAAAUGGAAAAUGAAUUAAUUGGGGUGAGACAAAGGGGGAAAUUGGGGGAUAUUUAUGAUAUAGGGAUGCAAGAAUGGUAUCCUGAUAUAAAUAAGAAAUAUUGGUUGAUUUGGUGUCAAUGGUGUGUUGGACAAUUACCUGAUGGGGAAUUGAUUGAAUUUUGGAAAAGAUGUAGAGAAGCUUUGAUUGGAAAUGGAAUUGGAACUUUAAUUGUUAAGGAAAAUAUUGCUCCCGUGGAAGAUAUAUUUGAUGAAACUGAUAGUUCGGUGACUAGAACUGAUGCUAAAUUUAGACAAUUGUUUAUUGAAGCGGGAUUUAAAUUAAUUGCUAGUGAUGUACAAAAGGGUUUACCUAAAGAAUUAUAUCCUGUUAGAAUGUAUUGUUUAAAACCACAAUAA